CCAUGACCGUUAUCCACAAAGAACACCACGUGUCCUUUCCUCCAUUCUGUUACAGACUCCAUCUUCUUCCACCACCUCCAUUUCCCAUUCAUUCCACCACACUCUGCGUUCAACAACACCAUGCCACUGCGUAACCAUUUUUCUAACUAACUUCUCAAAACGACAGCGUCGCAGAAAAUGACAAUUACGCUUUCACCCUCUCUCUCUGUACCCCACCCUUCCCCUUUCUCCCUCACCCCAACCACCACCCUCCGCCAACUCUUCUUCACUAACUUCACACCGUCCCCGAGACGCAGGCUCCAACUCCAAGCACGUGCGGGAAAGCCCAAUGUCCUCAUCCCCAUAAACCCCUCGGUGGCAGUUGAGAAAGGAAAGUACAGCUACGACGUCGAAACCCUAAUCAACCGCAUCACCGCGCUGCCGCCACGUGGCAGCAUCGCUCGGUGCCUCGACCCCUUCAAGAACAAGCUCUCCCUUAACGACUUCGCCCUCGUCUUCAAGGAGUUCGCUCAGCGUGGCGAUUGGCAGCGCUCCCUCCGCCUCUUCAAGUACAUGCAGCGCCAGAUAUGGUGCAAGCCCAAUGAGCACAUAUACACCAUCAUGAUCACGCUAUUGGGCCGAGAGGGCCUCCUCGACAAGUGCCGCGAGGUGUUCGACGAAAUGCCAUCGAACGGCGUCGCUCGCACUGUCUACGUCUACACCGCCGUCAUCAACGCCUACGGCCGCAACGGCCAGUUCCACGCCUCGCUCGAACUCCUCAACGGAAUGAAGCAGGAGAGGGUCUCGCCGAGUAUUUUGACUUACAACACUGUGAUUAAUGCUUGUGCUAGGGGUGGGUUGGAUUGGGAAGGCUUGUUAGGGUUGUUCGCUGAAAUGAGGCAUGAAGGGAUUCAGCCUGAUGUUAUUACUUACAAUACUUUGCUUGGUGCUUGUGCUCAUAGGGGGUUAGGUGAUGAGGCUGAAAUGGUGUUUAGGACUAUGAAUGAGAGUGGGAUUGUUCCUGAUAUUAAUACUUAUAGUUAUCUUGUUCAGACGUUUGGGAAGUUGAAUAGGCUUGAGAAGGUUUCGGAGCUUCUUAGGGAGAUGGAGUCCGGGGGUAAUUUGCCGGAUAUUACUUCUUAUAAUGUUUUGUUAGAGGCUUAUGCUGAGUUGGGGUCUAUCAAAGAGGCGAUGGACGUGUUUAGGCAGAUGCAGGCUGCGGGGUGUGUGGCGAACGCGGCCACGUAUAGUGUUUUGUUGAAUUUGUAUGGGAAGCAUGGGAGGUAUGAUGAUGUUCGCGAUAUUUUUCUUGAGAUGAAAGUGAGCAACACGGACCCUGAUGCGGGGACUUAUAACAUUCUCAUACAGGUAUUUGGGGAGGGUGGCUACUUUAAGGAGGUGGUUACUUUGUUUCAUGACAUGGUGGAGGAGAAUGUUGAGCCGAACAUGGAGACUUAUGAGGGCUUGAUAUUUGCUUGUGGGAAGGGAGGGCUCUAUGAAGAUGCCAAGAAAAUUUUACUGCAUAUGAACGAGAAAGGAAUAGUGCCGAGUUCCAAGGCUUAUACUGGGGUGAUUGAAGCGUUUGGGCAGGCUGCACUGUAUGAAGAGGCUCUUGUUGUGUUUAACACUAUGAAUGAAGUUGGAAGCAACCCAACUGUUGAGACCUACAAUUCAUUCAUUCAUGCAUUUGCAAGGGGGGGACUGUACAAAGAAGCAGAAGCAAUUUUAUCCAGGAUGAAUGAGUCUGGUUUAAAACGGGAUGUGCAUUCAUUCAAUGGUGUGAUCAAAGCUUUUAGGCAAGGAGGUCAGUAUGAAGAGGCUGUAAAAUCUUAUGUUGAAAUGGAAAAAGCAAAUUGUGAACCUAAUGAGCUGACACUUGAAGUGGUGUUAAGCGUAUACUGCUCCGCUGGUCUUGUUGAUGAGAGUGAGGAGCAGUUCCAAGAAAUCAAAGCUUCAGGAAUACUGCCCAGUGUCAUGUGCUACUGCCUGAUGCUAGCUCUUUACGCCAAGAAUGACAGGUUAAAUGAUGCCUAUAAUUUGAUUGAUGAGAUGAUCACGAUGAGGGUGUCGGAUAUUCAUCAAGGAAUUGGACAAAUGAUCAAGGGAGAUUUUGAUGAUGAGUCUAAUUGGCAGAUUGUGGAGUAUGUCUUUGACAAACUCAAUUCUGAAGGGUGUGGAUUGGGAAUGAGGUUCUACAAUGCACUGUUAGAAGCUCUUUGGUGGAUGUUCCAGAGAGAAAGGGCUGCUAGAGUGCUCAAUGAAGCAUCAAAGCGAGGGCUGUUCCCUGAACUUUUUCGUAAAAGUAAACUUGUGUGGUCUGUGGAUGUACACAGGAUGUCGGAAGGUGGUGCAUUAACAGCACUAUCAGUUUGGCUGAACAAUAUGCAUGAAAUGUCCAGGACCGGCAAUGAUCUUCCUGAGCUUGCAACAGUUGUUGUGGUCAGCCGGGGUCACAUGGAGAAAAGCACAGAAGCCCAAGAUUUCCCUAUCGCAAAGGCUGCCAUUUCAUUCUUGCAGGAUAAUGUCCCAUCAUCCUUUACUUUUCCUGGAUGGAACAAAGGUCGCAUUGUUUGUCAGCAGUCACAGCUGAGACGAAUUCUCUCGGGCACUGAAUCAUCUUCUAGUAGGAAAAAAAUGGAUAAAUUAGUAUCUUUAAGUAAUACCCCAUUGACUACUGCAGGAGUUAUAACAUCCAAAUCUGAUGUGCAAAGUGGUAAAGCUAAUGAUGUUGAUUCUAGAACCGAUAGUACAAGAACAGAGCUUCUAACGAGUGCAAUUUAGAUCAGAUUAGAAAGUAUAGAAUUUACAUUCAUCACUUUCCCAUGCCCUGUUUUGGUCUUUUUGAAAUUAAGAUUGGGGCUUAUUUGUUACACUUCCACGAAAUAUUCCCAAGUGGGCGCUGGCUUUCAGAUCGCCAAAAUUUUGGUAUAUAUAUAUAUUAUCAAGGUAUCUGAACAGUUGUCUGUCGUCACCAAUAUUUUUCACCUGUGUAUUUGAUUUCCUGAUUCUGGAUA